UCGGGUGCGCCACUUCCGGGCCGCUGCAGGACGGGGGCGGGGCUCCGGGCGCGCGGCGGAGCCGGCUACAGAACAACGUCCAGGUUUCGCUCCAGAUCAUCCUGUCCUCCCAGGAGGAAGGAAAUGGCUGCAAUGGAGCUGGCUCAGGGGCGGGUGACUUUCGAGGAGGUGGCUGUGUAUUUCACCAGGGAAGAGUGGGCUCUGCUGGACCCCGCUCAGAGAGCCCUCUACUGGGAUGUCAUGCAGGAGAACUACGAGACGGUGGUCUUGCUGGGCUACAGAACAACGUCCAGGUUUCGCUGUAGAUCAUCCCCUCCUCCCAGGGGGAAGGAAAUGGCUGCAAUGGAGCUGGCUCAGGGACCGGUGACUUUCGAGGAGGUAGCUGUGUAUUUCACCAGGGAAGAGGGGGCUCUGCUGGACCCCGCUCAGAGAGCCCUCUACAGGGAUGUCAUGCAGGAGAAUUACGAGACGGUGGUCUUGCUGGGGUUUCCAAUUUCCAAACCUGAUGUGAUCUCGCAGUUCGAACGAGGGGAGGAACCAUGGGUCCCCGACCUCCAGGCCUCUGAGAAAGAAGUGCUCCUGAGAGCUGCCUGCACAGGGAGUGACCUCUGUCUGGAUUCUCUCAGUCUCCCAUCGGGUGAUGGGAUGGUGAGUGAGAAUGAGGAGAAACUCCAGCAGGAAGACGCUGAGCAAGGAGAACCACAUGGAACGUUAUCAGGGAGAUCCAAAGGGAAUGUUUCCGGGCGUUGUGCACUCCCAGAAAAAGCAAAAGUCUGUGAGACUCAGCAGAGGCCAGAGAAAAACUUCAGUAGCCACUCAGACCUUAUAACCCGUGACAGAAUCCACUUGGAAGAGACACGCUACACGUGCCAUGAGUGUGGGAAAAGCUUCAGUCAGAGCUCUGCCCUGAUCACACAUUGGAGAAUCCACACCGGGGAGACGCCCUACACAUGUUCUGAGUGCGGGAAAAGCUUCAAUCAGAGCUCACACCUUAUCACACAUCAGAGAAUCCACACGGGGGAGACGCCCUACACGUGCUCCGAGUGUGGGAAAAGCUUCAAUCGUAGCUCAGCCCUUAUCAGACAUCGGAGAAUCCAUACGGGAGAAACGCCCUACACCUGCCCUGAGUGCGGGAAAAGCUUUGGCCAUAGCUCCGCCCUGAUCACACAUCAGAGAACCCACACUGGAGAGAUGCCCUAUGUGUGCACCGAGUGCGGGAAAUGCUUCAGUCAGAGUGCUAACCUUAUUAGGCAUCGGCGAAUCCACACAGGAGAGACUCCCUACGUGUGCCCGGAGUGUGGGAAAUGCUUCAAUCAGCGCUCAGCCCUUACCACGCAUCAGAGAAUCCACACUGGAGAGACCCCCUACAUGUGCUCCGAGUGUGGGAAACGCUUCAGUUAUAGCUCAGCCCUCAUCACGCAUCAGCGAAUCCACACGGGGGAGAUGCCCUACACGUGCCCCGAGUGCGGGAAAAGCUUCAAUCGGAGCUCAAACCUUAUCACACAUCAGAGAAUCCACACUGGCAUGUCAUCCUACAGAUGUUCUGAGUGCGGGAAAAGCUUCAGUCACAGCUCGGCUCUUAUUCGACACCGGAGAAUCCACACGGGGGAGACACCCUACACGUGCUCCGAGUGUGGGAAACGCUUCAAUCAGAGCUCAAACCUUAUCACACAUUGGCGAAUCCACACGGGAGAGACACCUUAUAUGUGCUCGGAGUGUGGGAAAAGCUUCAGUCACAGCUCAGCCCUGGUCACACAUCAGCGAAUCCACACGGGGGAGACGCCCUACGUGUGCUCCGAGUGCGGGAAACGCUUCAGUCAGGGCUCAGCGCUUACUAGACAUCAGAAAAGCCACCUGACACAGAACUAGAAUAAAUCCCUUCACUAGGCCUAGCCAAAGAAUUUUUUUUUAAAUCACAUUUGCUAAUCUCUACAUACUGAUUUUUGUACUAUCUUCACUGUGGUCUCAGAUCCACCAGAUGAGUUGCCUGUUUCUGCCUUUUCUGGCUCACCUUCUUUGGGGUCAGUCCUGUGAUCUUUUCUAUCAGCUGCUUUCCUUUUGAGUCGUAGGAGCGUGUGUCUACCUCCAGCCAGGAAUGUUCAUCAGCUCCAGGUGGGGGAGAGACGUUUGAUCCCAACAAGCUACACUGAGGCAAAAACUCCCUGUGCCUGACGUCCACUAGGACUGUACAUGGCGUUGGCAGCGCAAGUUAGUGAUCUUGGUGUAAAAAGACAGUUAUAGUUGUAGUUCAGAUGCAGCCCAGGUGCUGUGGUUGGCAUUAGCUUCCCCCUUGACCUGACCUAAACAAACCCUGAGCAUCACGGUUAUACUGUUCCCCCAUUUCUUAGUCGCUUAUUUCUCCCUUUGGGGGGCAAAUUGUCUCCUUCCCAGUUGCUCUGAUGUUGCUAUGGGUUGUGCCGGAGAGCAGAUAUCUCUUCUACCAUUUUCCUCGGUUGAAAUAUAUUGAACUAUACAAAGAGCAGGAACAGGGCUAGGGGAAAAUGAAUCAGAGGGAUUCCCUGAUUCUUCCUCACCAUCACUAUUCCCCCUCAGCCCAGCAGCUUUAGCUUCUGUGUCAGCCGCAAUGAGUUUAUCCUAUCCACACGCUAUCUUCCCACCUCCCACUCCAUGUGAUGCGGUGUUCUCUGCUCUGUGUGCUAGGUACCACACUUUGAUUCUCAAUCAGUCUUGUUGGGGCUGGGGAUUCAAGUGUCACAGAGUCGGAGGGGAAAUUUGAAUGGAUCCCGAACACAGUUAUUCAUUCUGUGUUUCAAGUCCUGUUUUUUAUCUAUUGGCAAAGCUGCUUCUGCCCUUUUUCCUGCUGCUCUGGGAGUUUUGUUUACAGGCAGGAAGGUUGGCUGUUUUCCCGUUAUGAUGAUGGGAAAUGUCUUGUAAUAAGGUGAUGCUGCGUGAAGCAGGUUUGAAUACAUCGGAGGAGAAUGCAGGGCAAGAUUCUGUUCUUAUUUUGAAUCAUUAGUUGUAACCUGCUCUGGAAUUUCAUUUUAUAUGAAACUGAAAGUGUCUUAAUUACACCUGGAGGAGUUCUGAGCCACUGCACACAUGCAGAAUUCAUGUGUAGCACAGAAUUCCCGGUUUCUCGCUUUCCUGAACACCAUUUGGUUACAUAGUUGCAUAUUAGUUUUAUUUGGCAGCAUGUCACUCAGAUUUGUUUCGGACUUUGAGACAAGGGACCAUUUGCUAAAACAGUAAUUUCUUAUGAUUUUUUUCUUUCCUCCUCCCCUCCAUGAUGCCCCGGGGGAAGUUCAAAUGCAGUUAGAUUAUCAGGAGAGAAUAUUUCAAUCUGUUGGGCAUGCUACCAAGGAGACGGUAGCACUUUUACUUUCCAUUCUGAAAUGGUGAAGAACACCAAAGCACAAAUUGUGGAAACAAAUGCAUAUGAUCCCCCUGUUGCUCAGUUGGUUGGGUCAAUAUUUUUUCUAAAGGGCUGGGAAGAGGAUUCCCUAGUAAAUGACUCGGAACUAAGCAAAAUACCCAUGCAUUGGGCUCCCAAAGCAGUUGUGGCCCAGGCCCUGCAGGAGGUCGCUCCUGAAGAUAUCUCCUUCCUAAUCAGGUACAUGUAGCCUAUUAUUUGGGAAAUGCAAUCCCUAGCUAGGUAGGGAUGGGGAAAUGGAAGUGACAUUUCUCUUCAGCUCACCCUGGGAGAUGCUGCAAAUGUGUAGGAAAUGAAAUCCAUGUUGAAUGUGAUAUAGCUGCAGAAAGAUACCUGUUUUUAAUAGAGACCUGACAUUUGGUGUUUUACAGGGAUUCUGAGCCACACCUGAAUUUAGUCCCUAAUUAAAAUCUGUGCCACCAGAUUAAAGAAAGAAAUGGGCAUAUUUGGGGGAGUUAUACCUCACUAUUUCAACUUCACAUGCAGUGUUGAUCACAGCGAGUGCAGUUUCAAAGUCAAAACAGGAGUAUGUCGUGUCUGAAAUACUCUUCAGUGUUGCCAUCGGCUGGGUAAUGCGGCGUACAACAGAAGACAUGCCAAGAGGCAUUAAAUGGACAUCCUUCUCAUCCCUUGAAGAUCUGGACUUCGCAGAUGAUCUCGCUCUCCUAUCACAUACCCAACACCAUAUACAAGAAAAAACAAAUGGACUCGACACCUUCAGCCAGGAAAUCGGACUGAAAAUCAACCACAGUAAGAUGGAUCUCAUGACCUUUAAUAUUGCCUCAGCAUCACCAGUACAGAUAGACGAUUAUGUUCCCACCAACAUAGAAAGAUUCACAUACUUGGGUAGCACCAUCAGCCAGGACGGUGGAACAAGCCAGGACAUCCAGAACAAAAUCAGUAAAGCCAGGAACAUCUUCAGGAGCUUAAAUACGGUCUGGAAAUCAUCAAAAUACAACACCAAAACCAAACUCAAGAUUUAACAGAGCUGAGUAUUUUCAACAUGACUUUAUAGUGCCGAAUGCAGGGGAAUGAGAAAGUCUGACAUGUCCAGACUGUCUGCCUUCCAUACAACCUGCCUCCGAAAAAUCCUGCACAUCUUUUGGCCCAGAACAAUCUCAAACCAAGAUCUGUUGAUACAGUGCAGCCAAGAGGAUCUGCACACCAUCAUUGCCAGGAGGCACUGGAGAUAGAUUGUCCAGAACAGCAGUAAGAUGGACACCUGAAGGCAAGCGAAAACGAAGCUGCCCAUAAACAUGUCAAAGAGCUGUGGAAGUCGAGCUGAAAAACCUGGGGCACAGCUUGGGAACCAUCAAAAGACUUGCCAGAAACAGACAGGAGUGGAGGAGCUUCCUUCAGAGCCAUUCCAUGCCUAUGGGUCCCAAUCUGGCUGCCUUGUUGGACAAGAAGCACUUCCAUGCUGGGCAAACAAUGGUAGCCAAUGAGGGAAUGUAUCCGAUCCCAAGUUCAGACUGCAGGAUACAUGAAUACUGAGUCCAGAGUCUGUGGUUUGGUCUCUUCGAUUUGCUAUUAAGUCUAAUGCAUUUGUAUCACUUCUCCUCCUGCUGCUACUUUGAAAGAUUAGAAAGUGUGAAAGUAGAGCACAGAUGGUUUUUCUCAUGAUCCAGCCUUCCCACGUCGUGUGAGACCCCUUCCACCCACACUUCUGGGAGAAGCCCCAGGGAGAAAUGAACUCUCAGAAAUGGAAGGCUCCUAGGUUAUUGUAGAAUGUGACUUCACACAAAGCUCACUGGGUGGAAACAGCCCUAUAGAUUUAUAUUUUGUCAUCUUAAAUUUUUACCAGUGAAAAUGGAAUUAAACAUGAAGUAAAUUAGUGUAAAAUAAGAGACUGAUUAUGUGAUAACCUGAAUUAUAUUAUAAACCUCAAAGUUUUCUUCUUCUCUUCUUGCCCCCUCCUACUAUACAGGAAAUGGAGGCUAAUCCUGAAAUUAAACCCUCACUCCAAAGGAAUUAGAGGGGGGGAAUAUGUGAGAGAAAUAGCAUGUGUGAGAACAGAGACCCAGGAUAGACUGUAAUUAUUUCUCUUUCAAAUGGAGUUUAUUUUGAUAAGCUUUAAAAUAAAUCUUCUGUUAAGAGGAAAGUUAUUUGAGCCAAGAUGUGUAACUUUUUAUUAAAUUGGUAUAACAGUCA